AUGCACGCAGUCAAAUGUCGAAGCUCAUCUGGUAGUGAGACUGAUCGACCCGCUUUCAUCUCAACUUGGACUGCUCCACACGGCCGUCUUCCAACGGCACAGGGUUCUCGGCUUUUGGAGAACUUCGAAGUCUCGGCGUCACCGCUGCUAGACUUCGACGACGACGAUAAUUGCAUCACGGCUGCGCGUGCUGCUGCGAACCCGGCUCUAGGUCUGAGUCGACUCCGGCGUCGAUGGAGCGCCCAAACGCGAAGGAAGCCCGAACACACAGCAGAGAAUUCCGAUGUUCUGGGAAGACAAGUUCCAUUCUCUCUUCCCCCUUCUGGUACACGGAAGGUAAAGGCGAGACCGUUGUCAUUUCCUGCCGGGACGUCUUGGCCUGUGUGGUCCAAUAAGGAUCGGCCUCUGGAUGUGGGAGAGAGAGAUGGCGGUGGCGAAGCAGAUAAGGCCCGGAAGUGUGAUGAUGGCAGUCACCACAGCGGCAACGAGACUACUGACUCCAAGCCUAGGUCGAGCGUUCUUCAAGUUCAUCCUGUCGGUGCCACUGUGACUCUAAGCAGCGGGGUCGACAUCGACAUCCAUAAGCGCGACGGUGGUAUCGGUACCGGGCAAGUCAAGCUAGAGAGAUCUAGGUCAGAACGUCAUUCAUCGAGGGUAUCAACCAACCGUCUUCGGAAGCGGUUCAGUUGGAGGAGGUCCAGUUGGGCAGCUUCAGGUUCGCGUCAGGAUCUGGCAGGUCCAGAUUAUGGAUCUGGCGUAACAUUAACGUCCGAGUCGGACUCGACAACAGGAGGAGCUCUGAAAUCGGGGCUAGGAUUCGACGUGGUGGAACUCGAGGACAGUCCGCCGCUGCCAGUAGCAAUGAUGGACCUCCAUGUGAAGAUGGAAAAUGGCUUUGCUUUCGGUUCAUCGUUGUCGUUUUUGGGCCCUCGUUCAGAGCGUGGGCGGGCGAUGUCAAUAAGUACUGUCACGUCCGUUCGAGACGCUCAUGAUGUGAGCGAGUUGAGCGGAAAUGUACGUGCUGCGGAACUUGAAGACUCGGAGGGCGACGUACCACCAUCACCGAUGAUAUUCGCAUCUCGGGUUAGCGGGUUAGCCGAGAUGGAGGUCGACCUGGAUCAGGAUACUGCGAAGGGAAUAUGGAUGGCAUUUGACAAGAUUGAGGUUGCGGACGUUGAGGACGUUGAGACGGCGGUGAAGGUGUGA